AUGUCGUAUGUCGCCACUUUCUGUACUGCCAAUUUACCUGCAAAUCUGGCUGAGAGUGCAGUUCCAACCCUAAGCAUCAUACGUACACCCGACCAAAAAGAAUUCGAGGAAUGGACUCCUUGGCCUGUUCAUGAAUUUACAACAGGCUUUUUGGGCAUGAGUGAGCUUGAUAUUAUCCGCUUUCACCAACAACUUUAUCAAGCACGAGCGUACGGCGCAACGGGUAUCGCGCCAGGCUGGGUAGCCGUAUUGGAUGAAGAUUCUGCUCGCCAAUCUACAGUGGUACUAUAUCGUUUGGAGAAAACAACAGACUACUGGUUCGACGAGGGUAAAGAUCUAAGAGUCGGAAAUUUCAAAGAGUAUGAUGAUGGCUAUUUCUUUUGGAAAUGGCGGAUGCCAGCUUCGCAUAUUUAUACAGCUGUCUCCUUUGUCGACCACGUUCGGGAGGAGGCUUUGGAAAUUUACUGUCACCCGGAACUCACAGGCCCUGAUGGAAUUUUUGACGUUGCUAAGUUCGACAAAGUCCUGGAUCAAGAAGUCGAACUACCAACAUGGCGAAAGGGUAUGGCUUCAUUGUAA